UGGGUCUACCUCUUCUCUCCCAAGAUGCUGAGAAGAGUCCUGUGUACAGUGUUGUUCAUGGGAGCCUUGCCAUCACUGGCCGAAGUGUCCCAGGGCCACAUCUCAGUGGUCUUGCUGGGAGCUACAGGUGAUUUGGCCAAGAAGUAUUUGUGGCAAGGUCUAUUCCAACUCUACAUGGACCAAGUGAGCAGUGGCCACAGCUUCACUUUCCAUGGGGCUGCGCUGACAGCUCUGGAGCCGGGGCAGAAGCUGAUGUUUGAUGUGCUGAAGAAGCUGGCCUGUCCCCCAGAUGAACCUCCCAACAGGUGUGCUGUGCUGAAGGACCAAUUCCUGAAGCUGAGCCAAUACCACCAGCUGAAGACUGCCGAAGACUACACUGCACUGAACAGAGAGAUUGAGACGGUGCUUAGUCAGGAGGGGCUGAAGGAGGCUGGAAGGAUCUUCUACUUCUCAGUACCACCAUUUGCCUACACAGAGAUUGCCCGCCAUAUCAACAGCAGCUGCAGACCACCUCCAGGAGCCUGGUUGCGUGUGGUGCUGGAGAAACCUUUUGGCCAUGACCUGGAGUCAGCCCAGCAGCUGGCUGCAAACCUGACAAGCUUCUUCAGGGAAGAGGAGAUGUACCGGGUGGACCACUACCUUGGCAAACAGGCUGUAGCCCAUAUCCUGCCUUUUCGAGAUCAGAAUCGACAGUUUCUGGACCCAAUUUGGAACCUUUUUUUUUAAAGAGUGGAGAUUGUCUUGAAAGAGACUGUGGAUGCUAAAGGCCGCACCAGCUUCUACGAGCAGUAUGGAGUCAUCCGGGACGUGCUGCAGAACCACCUGACAGAGGCCCUGAUGUUCCUGACCAUGGAGCUCCCAGCCAACGUGAGCAGGGCUGAAGAGGUUUUGCAGUGCAAACUGCAGGCUUUCCAGUCCUUGCGGCGCCUGGAGAAAAACAGUGUGGUGUUGGGUCAGUAUCAGGCGUAUGCCGGCCAAGUACGGGAGGAACUGCAGAAGGCACAAGAUUAUAUCAGCACAACACCAACCUUUGCAGGUGUCCUGAUUCAGAGUGACAACCUGCGUUGGGAAGGGGUCCCUUUCUUCCUCGCUUCUGGGAAAGCUCUGGAUGAACGGGUAGGUUACGUCCGUGUCCUCUUCAAGAACCGAGCAUACUGCACUCAGAGCGAGACUCUGAGAGAUGCAGGGCACAGCCAGUGUAAAGCCAAGCAGAUCAUCUUCUACAUCGGGCACGGCGCACUCAACACCCCUGCCGUGCUUGUGAGCAGGAACCUCUUCAGGCCCAUCAUGCCUGAAGGCAGUUGGAGAGAAGCAGCAGAUCAGUCAGACCUGCACAUUUUUGGACAGCCAUUGUCUGAUUACUAUGUGUACAGACCUGUGAAAGAGAGAGAUGCAUAUUCUGUCCUCAUCUCCAACAUCUACCAUGGCAGGAAGGACUUCUUCAUUACCACCGAGAAUCUGCUGGCCUCCUGGGCAUUCUGGACACCACUGCUGGAGAGCAUUUCCCACCAGCCGCUGCGCCUCUACCCUGGGGGUGUGGAGAACCAGCACCUCUUAGACUUUGAAAUGGUGAAUGGGGAAGUGGCAUUCACAGUAGCAUACCCCAACAGGCUGAUGCCAAGUGAUUACAGGACGAUCCAGUCCAAAUUUCGGCAAAGUCCCCUGGUCUCAGCAUGGUCUGAGGAUCUGGUCUCCCAGCUGGCUUCUGACAUCGAGCAGACAGCAAGCAGGACUGUGGCACACUCUGGGCAGUUCCACCUGGCCCUCUCAGGUGGCUCAAGCCCAGUGGUCCUGUUCCAGCGGCUGGCAAGACACCAUUAUGCCUUCCCGUGGAGGCACACCCACGUCUGGCUGGUGGAUGAACGCUGUGUCCCUCUCACCGAUGCUGAGUCCAACUUCUUCAGCUUGCACAACCAUCUCCUCCAAAGUGUCAGAGUGCCCUACUUCAAUGUCCACCCCAUGCCUGUGUACCUGAACCAGCGGCUCUGUGUGGAAGAGGACAGAGGCACGGAGCUGUAUGCCAAGGAGAUCAUGGCCCUGGUGGCCAAUGCCAGCUUUGACCUGGUGCUGCUGGGGGUGGGCAGUGAUGGGCACACUGCCUCGCUCUUCCCCCAGUCUGAAAAUGGCUUGGAAGGGACUCAGACUGUGGUGCUGACUGAAAGCCCUGUCAAACCUCACCAAAGAAUGAGCCUUAGCCUCCCCCUCAUCAACAAGGCCAGGCGGGUGUUUGUCCUGGUUUUGGGGAAGGGCAAGCAUGAUAUCACCACCCUGCUGAGCAGAGUGGGCCAUGAGCCAAGGAAAUGGCCCAUCUCGGGUGUCAGCCCCAGCUCUGGCCAGCUGGUGUGGUAUGUGGAUUAUGAAGCUCUGCUCGGGUGA